CAUCACUGCUGGGCACUGACUGGCGGCACUGCUGGGCACUGACUGGACACAACGCUGGGCACUGACUGGCAGCACUGCUGGGCUGCACUGAUGGGCACUGGUGGGUGGCACUGGUGGGCACAGGUGGGUGGGCACAGGUGGGUGGCACUACUGGGCACAGGUAGGUGGCACUUCUGGGCACAGGUGGUGACACUGGGUGGCACAGGUGGGCGCACUGCUGAGCACAGGUGGGCGCACUGCUGGGCACAGGUGGGUGCAUUGCUGGGCACAGGUGGGCACACUGCUGGGCACAGGUGGGCGGAACUUGUGUGUGGCACUGCUGGGCACCGAUCAUCAGGGCUCUAAUGAUCACGUGUCAUUGGACACGGCUGAUCACGUGGUAAAAGGACGCUGUGAUUGGC